CUAACGAGGGUGACAUAGUGAAACUCUGUCUCAAAAAAAAAAAAAGUACAGAGACUUGCUUAUUGAACUGAGCUUGUUUAUUCUCCUAAUUCUUGCCCAGAGUGCUGACAGGAUUUUUAUUCUACUUUUUCAUUGACCUGAGUAUAGGUGACAUUGUUCAUGACACCUUCUGCCACUAAUUUCCCAUCUGUCCAUCAUCUUGUUGUCAUGUUUUCCUUCCCAUCCCAUUCUUGUGUAUAUGCAGACAGUCUGGAUUUUUCUGCCAUCAACUGUAUGGCAGUUUCUUCAAAAUUCUCUCCCAGGACACAAGAAAACUGUGUUUUUGAAUUGCUCUCAGUUUUUAUGGUGCGGUUUCCGCCAUCACAAGAGAUGAUACAAUCUGGUUUGGUCACUGCACCCAUUUUUUGCAGAGCUGACCCUACUCCUAGUUCCUUCAUGUAUUCAUAAAAGCCUUUGCUGUCCACCAGGCACCAUCUUCCUACCAACUGCUGAAGAGCAGCCAUAGUGGGUGCUGGCAGGCAUGCGGGUGACACCAGCAGAGAAGGGUCCAGCAUGGGGAACAUCAGAUUUGCCAUUUCUUAUUAAGCAUGCUUGGUUCCUUUAUGGUUUUUUUUUUCUUUUUUUUUGAGACAGAGUGUCACUAUGUCGCCCUUGGGAGGUGCUGUGGCAUCACAGCUCACAGCAACCUCCAACUCUUGGGCUUAAGCGAUUCUCUUGCCUCAGCCUCCCAAGUAGCUGGGACUACAGGUGCCCGCCUCGGCUAUUUUUUUGUUGCAGUUGUCGUUUUAGCUGGUCCAGGCCCAGCCAGCCGGGGUGUAUGUGGCUGGCGCCCUGCCGACUGAGCUAUGGGCACCGCCCCUUUAUAUUUUCUAAGACAAAUUUUAAUUGCAAAUCUAUUAUUAUAAAGGUGUACAAAAUCAGCUCCUUCUUAAUCCUGGUUUUGUCCGUGCUGGGGUUUUUUUUUUUCUUUCUUUGAUGGUACAUCGGAGUUUAGCUUCCUUCAUUUAAUUAGUCAUCUGUCUUUUGGUCUUGGUUCAUUGAAAUCUCCUCAUUGGUACACUCAAUUUAUGUUUAUUUCCAUCUCUGCCAGGCCAAAGAAGCAGGACGGCCUCACUCUCCCUCAGCUCAGUGGCAGGUGCUUGGCAAACUAAGUUCCCAUGAAGGUUUGGGGAAGGAAGCGGUUAUGGCAUUCUGCCCCUUCUUGCAUGCACCUCUCUCUCCGGGAUGGUGACUCCUGCCUGACACAAAUCCCUAUGCCACCCAAAUCUUGGUCACAGGUGCGUGUCAACCGGCUUUGCAGGUGAAGGUGCCUGCCUGUGAGUCACUGAUGGGCAAGGAAGCCCCCAGCCCAGUGCUUUAGGGGACAGGCCGUUUGUCCAUCGGUUCUUCCUCAGAUUUUUGUUGAAAGCCUGCUUUGCCCCAGGCACUGUUCUGGGUGAUGGAGACACAGUGUGAACAAAGAAACAAGAAAACACACCCUGUGGGGGCUGCACAGCACAUGGGCGAGGACAGCACGACAAAUUACACAAAUAGCUACAAGGACAAGAACGGGGAGCUGCGGGAGGAUAUGACUUGAGGGGUGCUAUAUGAUUGGGGAUCAGAAAAAACCUGAGGAGGUGACAUUUAUUCAUUCAGAUGUUAUUUACUGAGCAAACACCGUCUAAGGGCCAAAUACUCUUCCAGCCAAUGGGAUACAGGUGUAGCAAAAAUAAACAAGGUCCCUGCCCUCCCAGAGCUUACAGUCUUUUAGGCAGAGACAAUUUACAAGGAAAGAAAUGACUUUUAGGAAAACAAACUCUACAAGGAAAGUAAAAAUAGAGAAAGCACCGCGCUGGAGGGGUUCCCUCGCUGGAACACAGCCCAGGGUGGGGAAUCAGACAGGCUGACGGGCAGAGAUUGGGGGGUAGAUGAUAGGGGUAGCGACUGAGUGGACACUACUUGGGGAGUUCAGAAAGGCCUCUUUUACAGGAUGGCAUCUGAAGGAAGCCACGAGGCAGCCUAGGGAAGCGGCGGUUGGGGCUUUCCAAGCGUAAGGUAACAGCGGGAUUGAAGAGCGGUCAAGGACCAGUGUGCGGAGGGAGACAGAGGAAGAGAGAAAAGGGCUGUGAGGCCCAGCGUUAAAAGCUGGAUUCCAUUCCAGACGCCAGUGGGUGGCCUCGGAAGGGGGACACACAGGAAUCGGACAUCACACUUCUGUAGAGUGACGGGGACCCCCCUGGGUCUGAGGCCUGUGCGCCGCCUCCCUGUGACGUCACUGGGCACUGUGACAUCACGGCAAGACGCUCUGGACCCACCAGCCCUGGAGUUCCGAACUUCAGUAACAUCACAGCAGGUCCCGGGGCAGCUAGGCUAUGAUACCUUAGGUGGCCAUGUCGAAACGCGACAUCGUCCUCACCAAUGUCACCGUCGUCCAGCUGCUACGACAGCCGUGCUCGGUGACCAGAGCACCACCACCACCACCACCACCACCUGAGCCCAAGACUGAGGAGCCCCUGCCUGAAUCACUGCCUGAGCCAGUCAGGGACGAAGCAAAGCCACCGCCACCACCACCACCUCCCCCUCCUCCUCCUCCUCCUUCUAAGAAGGCUUCUAUACCCAAGGAGUUGACUGUCGGCAUCAAUGGAUUUGGACGCAUUGGUCGCCUGGUGUUACGUGCCUGCAUGGAGAAGGGUGUUAAGGUGGUGGCAGUGAAUGACCCAUUCAUUGACCCGGAAUACAUGGCAUACAUGUUUAAGUACGACUCCACCCAUGGCCGAUACAAGGGGAAUGUGGAAUACAAGAACGGCCAGCUGGUUGUGGACAACCAAGAGAUCGCUGUCUACCAGUGCAAGGCGCCCAAAGAAAUCCCCUGGAAGAAUGUCGGGAGCCCCUAUGUGGUAGAGUCCACAGGCGUGUACCUCUCCCUAGAGGCAACUUCGGAUCACAUCUCAGCAGGUGCCCAGCGUGUGGUCAUCUGUGCACCCUCACCAGAUGCACCCAUGUUCGUCAUGGGUGUGAACGAAAAUGACUAUAACCCUAGCUCCAUGAACAUUGUCAGCAAUGCAUCCUGCACCACCAACUGCCUGGCCCCACUUGCCAAAGUCAUCCAUGAGCAAUUUGGGAUUGUGGAAGGGCUGAUGACCACUGUCCACUCCUACACGGCCACCCAGAAGACAGUGGAUGGGCCAUCACAGAAGGCCUGGCGAGAUGGACGUGGUGCCCACCAGAACAUCAUCCCAGCCUCCACUGGGGCUGCCAAAGCCGUGGGCACUGUCAUCCCGGAGCUCAAAGGGAAGCUGACUGGAAUGGCCUUCCGGGUACCAACUCCAGACGUGUCUGUCGUGGACUUGACCUGCCACCUGGCACGACCUACCCCCUACUCGGCCAUCAAGGAGGCUAUAAAAACAGCAGCCAAGGGGCCCAUGGCUGGCAUCCUUGCCUACACUGAGGAUGCGGUCGUCUCCACGGACUUCGUUGGAGAUACCCACUCUUCCAUCUUCGAUGCGAAGGCCGGCAUUGCACUUAAUGACAACUUCGUAAAGCUGAUUUCUUGGUACGACAACGAAUAUGGCUACAGUCACCGGGUGGUCGACCUCCUCCGCUACAUGUUCAGCCGGGAAAAGUGAAGGGGAAGGGCCCUGCUUUGCUUCCCUGGGCUCCCCAGCCGGAACCGGUCCCUUCCGUUCCUGCUUGGCUGCCCGGGGAAAGAUGUGCACCCGGUGUGAGGGUUCGUCGCCGCUGGGUCAUAGGCGAAAUAAAAACAAGUCCUCA